CCUUGUUUCGGUCACGUGACGUGAGCUUACGAAGAUGGUGGAAGUUUGUUCUUCCUUGAAGUGAAGCCCCGACUGAAACCUAAACAUCCUGCACUCCGAGGGCUGGGAGUCCACCGCAGCGCGACCACUUCGGUUACACAGCCUCCCUUCGGACCCGGGCCUUCAACCCAGCCCUAUGUCAUGGAUGGUGGAGUCACCAAGUCGGGCACUUCCAACGGUUACCCUAUGAAGGCACAGCUACAAAUCAUUGUGCUAUCAGCAAAACUAAAAGAGAACAAGAAAAACUGGUUUGGUCCCAGUCCUUAUGUGGAGGUGACAGUCGACGGCCAGUCCAAGAAAACAGAGAAAUGCAACAACACCCACAGCCCUAAAUGGAAGCAGCCGCUCACUGUGAUCGUGACUCCAUUCAGCAAACUGGUGUUCCGGGUGUGGAGCCACCAGACCCUGAAGUCAGACGUGUUGCUAGGCAUGGCCACGCUGGACGUCAGUGACACGCUCAAGACUAAUGACAUGAAAAUCUCUGAGGUGGUGCAGACCUUACAGCUGUGUGCAGACAGAGACCAGUCAGACGUGGUGGGAGACCUGUCUGUCUGCCUUGACGGCAUGACUGUCGACCCCGAGAUGUUUGCCACGGCCGAGGCUGACCAUCACAGUCAAUCAAAUGGGGAAUCGCAACCAAACGGGGAUCAUGCCAUAAAGCGGAGUCGAGACAGCUCUCCAGCUGUGGACGUCGUAGAGCACAGGUCUUCUCCCAGCGGCCGGAGGUCAGUGAACAGCACAGGGUCUCCCUCGGUGUCGUCAGGGAGCUCGAGGCCUCUCCGACCACCCAGGCCCUCCAGACCUCCCCCUCCAACCCCCCGCAGACCCACCUCUUCUCCAGCAUCUUCCAGCAACGGCUCUGCACCGGCUGAUGGCAGCGAUGGUCAGUCAGGUUCCGAAACACCCGUGCGAACGCCGGUCCCAGGACCCUCAUCAGCCCCAGACUCAAGUCCAUCAGCAGGCUCAGCCACAUCAGUGUCCAGCUCUGGAGCUGCAGCAACCAGACAGCCAACCAGCAGCAACACACCUGCUGUCACACCCAGGGUCCCCGCUGUCAAUGCUGGACCGCUGCCCCCUGGGUGGGAGCAGCGGGUGGAUCAGAACGGCAGGUUGUAUUUUGUUGAUCACGUGGAAAAGAGAACGACAUGGGAGCGCCCUGAACCACUGCCCCCUGGCUGGGAGCGUCGCGUAGACCAGAUGGGGCGGGUCUACUUCGUUGAUCACAUCACGCGAACCACCACGUGGCAGCGCCCCACAAUGGAGACGGUGCGUAACUACGAGCAGUGGCAGCACCAGCGCAGCCAGCUGCAGGGCGCCAUGCAGCAGUUCAACCAGAGAUUCAUCUUCGGGCUACAAGACCAGGUCUCAGCCACCCAGAAUAAGGAGUUUGAUCCUCUCGGGCCUCUGCCGCACGGAUGGGAGAAGAGAACGGACACAAAUGGCAGAGUUUAUUUUGUACAUCACCCUACGCGGACAACACAGUGGGAGGACCCAAGAACACAGGGGUUGCUUAAUGAGAAAGCACUUCCAGAGGGCUGGGAGAUGAGAUUCACUGUAGACGGUAUUCCCUACUUCGUAGACCACAACAGGAGAACGACCACCUACAUCGACCCUCGCACUGGAAAAUCCUCACUUGAAAACGGACCUCAGAUCACCUACGUUCGAGACUUCAAGGCCAAAGUACAGUACUUCAGAUUCUGGUGCCAGCAACUGUCAAUGCCUCAACACAUCAAGAUCACGGUAUCCAGAAAAACCCUGUUUGAGGACUCCUUCCAGCAGAUAAUGAGCUUCAAUGCUCAAGAUCUGCGAAGAAGACUAUGGAUUAUCUUCCCUGGAGAAGAAGGCCUCGACUACGGUGGCGUCGCCAGGGAGUGGUUCUUCCUGCUCUCCCAUGAGGUUCUGAACCCCAUGUACUGCCUGUUUGAGUAUGCCGGUAAAGAUAACUACUGUCUCCAGAUCAACCCUGCUUCCUACAUCAACCCUGACCACCUCAAGUAUUUCAAGUUCAUAGGACGCUUCAUUGCGAUGGCUCUUUUCCAUGGCAAGUUCAUCGACACUGGUUUCUCACUGCCAUUUUACAAGCGCAUCCUAAACAAGCCGUUGGCCCUCAAAGACCUAGAGUCAAUAGACCCAGAGUUCUACAACUCCCUCAUGUGGAUCAAGGAUAAUGACAUUGAGGAGUGCGGGCUGGAGAUGUUCUUCUCCGUUGACAAAGAGAUCCUGGGGGAAAUCUCCACCCAUGAGCUGAAACCAGGGGGAGGAGACAUCCAAGUCACAGAGGAGAACAAGGAGGAGUACAUCAGGCUGGUCGCAGAGUGGAGGCUGUCCAGAGGAGUGGAGGAGCAGACACAGGCUUUCUUUGAAGGCUUCAACGAGGUCCUCCCUCAGCAGUACCUGCAGUACUUUGAUGCUAAAGAGCUUGAGGUGAUGCUGUGUGGUAUGCAGGAGAUCGACCUGGCAGACUGGCAAAGAAACACCAUCUACAGACAUUACGCUCGAAGCAGCAAACAGAUCAUAUGGUUCUGGCAGUUUAUUAAGGAGAUGGACAAUGAGAAGAGGAUGAGGCUGCUGCAGUUUGUCAGCGGUACCUGUCGUCUGCCAGUAGGAGGCUUUGCUGACCUUAUGGGAAGCAACGGUCCCCAGAAGUUCUGUAUUGAGAAGGUGGGAAAAGAAAACUGGCUUCCCAGAAGUCACACAUGCUUCAACAGACUGGACUUGCCGCCCUACAAGAGCUACGAGCAAAUGAAGGAGAAGCUGAUGUUUGCCAUCGAGGAGACGGAAGGCUUCGGACAGGAGUGAGAGAACCAAGGAGAAGUUUAAAUAGUGGGUGCAGGAGUCUGAAGGAAUAAAGACGACUAGUGUUCAAUUCAGGGAGCCUCUUAAGUAAAGGGCGGGUGUUUCGUGUGUUUGUGCUCAUGCAUGCACGCACACACCUGUGUGGUACUUCUAAGGGUGUGUGUGUGAGACUGUUGCCUGCAUGUUGUUGCAAAGGAGCUGGGAUUUCGCGUCUACCGUGUACACCAUGCUCGCAGCAGGCCUCUCAAUGCUUGAUUGGUACGUGAACAUUUUGUCUUCUUUUGAACCAAAACAAGGAGGCUGCUCCCAUCUCUUAGAAUGUGCGGCAAAUUAUGCAUGGGAUCCUGAAAACUCACCCUCUAUGACAUCUGUUUAAUGGGACUUCUGUAGUUUCCCCUCCCCCAUUCACACACGAUCAUGUAAUGGCCCUGGCCUUGGGGGUUACAGUCAAAAUCUCAUAACCAGAAGGGUCACAGGUUCUUGUCAAGGUGUCUUUGACUACCUGAUUUCCUCUUAAGUUGCUCUGCAUUAAAGCAUCUGGUGAAUGUCAAAGUGUUACAUUUUAAGGGAAGAUUGAGAGGGUGUGUUUUUUCUAAAAUAGGGUUAACUUUCACCAAAAACAAAACUUUGUUGCUCUAAGAUUGUUUGUUGCAUCCACUUUUAUAGCAUCAUCCACAUCAUUUUCACUCCAUCAUCAUAUCCUCAAAUCUCUCACACCUUCUUCGUCUCGACUCAUGACUUAAGUAGAUGUUUUUUCUAAGUGAACAGUAACAUGGCAAUAUAAGAUGAUAGCUUUGACUUAGUCAAUAUAUACAAAGGGGUGCUCCAAUUUAACGCUUAAAUAACAAUCUUGGUGCUUCAAAGACAUUUGGGAGACAUGCUUAAUAUAAGUAACGAGAGCUACAGUUUUGUACUCUGGGUUCUAUAGUAUUUGAUCUGUGAAUCACUUAAUGAUUGUGAAAAGUGUUGUGACCUCCAUUAUUUAUAGUGGUGGUAAAUUUGGAAGACUUUUGCAGAACUUUAACUGACCCUAGUUUUAUAGGGCCGGAGUUUGUACACUGUGAUGUGGAGCCAGGCGUCUUGGAUUAGAGUGUUCUGAGAGAAGUUAUUCAUCUCAAUAUCAAAGACAUUUGACACCUUGUUUGUUUUAAUUCACGGUCUUGUUAGAAGCAAGAUCCUGAAGAUGAAGUAUUUUAAAGUGGUGUUCAAUGUAUUCAGUACUCAAGAUGGAUGAGUGAAAAAACACCAAAUGCAAGUCAAACCAAAUCCAUUUUAUUUAGUUUAGGUAAAAUCUUAAUGCAUGUAGCUCCUUGUACACAUGUAGCAUUUGAAGGUGAGUGAUGUACGUUAUUUUAACUCGUCCUUGCCCCACAGCAAACCACAAAAUCAUUACGAAAAACAAAUAUGAUUUUUAUUCAUUUAAAAAGCUCUGUCAGAAAGAUGCAGUGCCGUACUUCAAACGUUUGCCUUCCCUUAGUCACAUUUUAUGUAUUUUCACUUCAUAAGUCUUUUUCAGUUUUACAAAGACACUGCUUCCAAAUUAAUUUGUGAGACAUACAAUGAAAUAAUAUGUGUGGCUAUGUUUUCCUUUUUUAAGAUGUGUUAAGAUAUGAUUUUAGGUAAAGAUUCUUACUGGGGUGUUGCUUAAGGAUCCCCAAAACAGCUUAUUUUGUGUGCGUACAAAGAAUCCCCCAAAUGCUUUACCAAUGUGAUAUCCCAACAUUGAGUCUUUAUAUUAUAAUUGCAAAUGCAUGUUUGGUUUGGCUGCAAGUACACCACAUCUGAUCAACAGUACCAGAGUUAAAGAAGAAAAUGAAUCCAGUGUAUCUAUUUGAAAUAAAAACACCAGGUAGUGUAGUCGCUCAUUUUGGAGUGUCCUUUUGAAUUAAUUAAUUACACGCUGAAAGGACAGGCUGGUUACUGAGCAAUAUUAGAUUCUGGUGUUGUUAGUCUGACAAAGCACAGCACUUUUAAAAAUAAAAAUCUCUCCAAUCUUUUCUUUUCCUGCAGCAUGUGGGGCAUGCAGUCCUGGUUGUUAGUAACUCUAGGCUCUUAGUUUCCACAUGCACUGUGAGAUGGUCUUUGGUGUUUGUCAUUAGCCUUCAGGUAGCCUUAUUUCCACACUCAGGCAUCAGGUAUCCUUUUUUAGCAACUUGAUGCCAGCAGAGAGGAUCGAUCACGUGGGCUUUAUGGUCAAAUGAAUACUCUGGACUCUGGUCAGUCCUUCUUGACCUUUGCCGUGGAGAAGUAACCAGACCAAGAGGAGUUGGAUAAGUUCUUUAGAAGAAACUGCACCAAUGUGGAAAAGCUGUAAGAUUUUAGCUGAUGACACAAAGCCUGUUUCAAUAGGUUAUUGUGACUUCACCUGUGAUAGCAACUACUGACACAAAAUCAGUGUAAUAUAAUGAAUGUAUCAUGAUGAAAGGUUGAUUGGUAAAGUUGCCUAUUUACAGUUUUGCCUCAGAUUGUUACCCCUGAUGCAGAGUGUUGUUUUAAUCUUGUUGUGGGUCGACCACAUAUUAAAAUCCCGGGGACAUGGUAGUUAAGCAAAUAUGUAAAUAUCAUAAUUCACUGCUUUUUUUUGUUGUUCUCUAGAAUUUUCCAUGUACGACUAAACCACUGUCACUCUCCUGUAUAUGAAAACAAGUUGUAAAUGGUGUCAAUAACAAAUUUUCUUUUGUAAAAGAAAGGUUUUAAUAAGAGGUUUAUGGUAACACUAUAUUUUCUUUUCCCUGGUUAAUUUCUGAUGUACAUGAAAGAUGUGUAAUAUAGAAAUUGUCACCUUAAUAAAUUAAAUUAAAAAAUG